CGACAAUCUUCUCGCAUCCAUUGCAGCUCUAUUAUAACUCGCAGCUUUCUUGUGUUUCAUUUCCUUCGCGUUCUUUCAUAUGCACCACCGAUAGACUCGCUUACUUGGACCCCUGCCCGCUCUUCGAACCUCGACUACAGCCACCGCCGCCAUGCGCUUGACCGUCGAGCUCAUCCAGAAUUCCCUCUCAUACAUUAAUCCGCUCAAAGACCGCGAGCUGGAUCUCCGAGGGCAUAAGAUCCCCGCAAUUGAGAACUUGGGUAUUGCCAAGGACCAAGAUGCUAUUGAUUUCACGGACAACGACCUCUCUUCCCUCGGGAACUUUCCUUUCUUCCCUCGUCUUCGUUCCCUCCUCCUUGCGCGCAACCGAAUCAAUCAUAUCCAACCAAACUUGGGAUCGUCAAUCCCGUCUUUGACCUCCCUGGUGUUGACGUCGAAUAACCUGUCUGAACUGGCGGAUGUCGAAUCGCUACGCUCUCUUCACAAACUCACACACCUGGUUCUGUUGGAGAACCCUAUCACACGGAAGGAGAAUUAUCGGUACUGGAUUAUCUGGCUGGCACCCUCCGUGCGAUUCCUCGACUACCAAAAAGUGAAGGAUGUUGAGCGCCAAAAAGCUAAGGAGCUGUUCGGAACAGUAGAGCAGCCUGCUGCCCUCGCCUCCAAGAUCAUGGGUAUCAAGUCCCGGGCUUUCGAUGCCUCCAGCGCCGCCGCGACCACCGGCACAACCGACAAGGCUAUCCGAGUCAAACUCACCGACGCCGAGAGAAAGCGCGUGGAGAAGAUGAUCCGUGAGGCCAAGAGCUUGCAAGAGAUCACGCGACUAGAGAAGGAAUUGAAUGAGGGGCGGAUACCCGGCGGAGCUCUCGGUGCUAGUGAUGCUGAUGGCGAUGAGAAGAUGCAAAUGUGAGGGGUUUCACGUCUUGCGGGAGAUACUUUCCUUGAACAUAUCAUACUUGUCUCGUUUUUUUUGUUUCUUGGGUUUUCAAUCUGCUUUUCCGGGCUCGGCUUUCUUUUUCCGUCAUGGUCGUUGGGAAUCUCAUAUUAUACCUGGCUUUUCAGGGUUGUGUGUGGGUAUCAUUCUGGGGGAUCUUUUUUCAUUGCUUGCCAUGGGUGCUUAUGUGGUUUAUUCACGCUUCGAGAACUAGCAUUAUGGAGGUAGAGCUUCAUACCCUUAAAAGCCUUUUAUGAUGCU